GUGAAAUCUAUGCGGCUAUACAAUGUGAAAUAUGUCAAUUAUUGGAACAAUUCAUGAAGAUGUAACUACGGACGUCCUUGGUAAAAUUGGGUCAUGGCAAUGGCUAGUUACUAUGGUUUCCGCUACAAUGUUAUUUACCGCCUUCUUUAAUCAACACGAAGACAUGUUCCUUCUUCAGCCGCCUAAUGCUUUGUGUGUAACAGAUAAAAUAGGAGUGUACAACAAUACGUUAUGUUCUGUGACCUAUUUUAAUAACAAAACCGAGAUAUUGAAGUGUAAAGAGUGGCAAAUCAAAGUAAUGGGUUUUAUCAACCUUGAGAAAACAUGGUUAAUUUUCUGUGAUCACAAAUUAACACUGAUUUCGGCAGCCUUAUUGAGCCGCUUAGGUUCAGCGCUUGGAUGCAUAAUUUAUGGUUUAAUUGCAGAUAGAUUUGGAAGAAAAAUUCCAAUAAUCAUAAAUGUAAUAUCCGAGAUUACACUUGGAGCGGUGCUUAUGUUUUGCGAUUCAAAAUUAUGGUCUUUCUUGUUUGUUUUUCUCAAAUCUUUAUUUGCAAGCGCCAAUAUUUACUUAAGUUUAGUUACUGUUUGCGAAAUUGCAAGCAAUGAAUGGCGCUCCCGUCUCUGCUUCAUAGUAGCAAUGCCACGAUUACUCGCCUACGUGUACAUGGUUCCUUUAACAAACAACCUUCCUAAUAUUGAAACUCAUAGCCUGAUCGGAAGCAUGCUGGGACUACUAUACCUAAUUUUACUCAGGGAUUCUUUGAAUUUUCAGAUGGUAUCCAGAAUCACCACAAUGGUUAUUGUUUAAUGGAAUGAUUCACAAAACAGAAAAGCUGUUAUUCAUGGCCGCAAAGAGGAAUGGCAUUAAACUAUGCAAUGAUUUUAAGAUAAAACCUGCAGACCACAAAGUACGUGCACUCGAUCCGGUAUAUCGUUAUAAUUCGAUGUCAUUUUUAUUACGUUCAGGGUAAUGGAAGUUAUACCCUUUGCAUCAAAGAAUGCAUGGUAUGUUUUGUCUCUUUUACGUAGGUACAGCGAGGGUUAAAUGAGCAAAAGUAAUUGUAAUGUGUCAAAUAUGGCAUAAUAAGACAAUAUAGUACCGCAAAAAUAUCAAAACACAUCGAAACUGUGAGAUCACCACACCAUUAUUUUUGCCUACCUAUCCGUCGGUAUUCUCAAGGGACUAUUCUGGCUUUACCUUAAGUGAUGGCGAACUCACAAGGCUCAGCCUGAGAGGUUUAUUAAUUUCUGCCUUAAUAAGAACAGUGCUUCGCUGAAUCUAUCACCGGGUCGGAAUCGCGAUCCACUGAGCAGAUCCAGCGAGAAACCGAAUGAGUGGUCUCUGUAGGUUAAGUUGCACGCUGAAGUGACUCUUAGAGUUUCAUUCGAAGAGUUUAACGAAAACGGUAACUAAUGCUUAGAAUGCCUAACAGACCUGAGAGGAUCCGAAAUCGUUCGAUCCGGCGGCUGUUCGUUGCCCCGUCCUCUGGGUCGGGUAUGUAAUUCAAGGCGGCCACGAUAAGAGGGUUAUCGUGGCGCGUCGCUUUCACGAUGAACAUCGCACUAUCCACCUUCGCGCGAGAGUUCGUCUUUACGACCUAGAACCAUAGCAUUCAUUUACUGAGCAUUCGUAAAGUUCAUUAAUCGCCACAGAGAUAUCAUCCGGCUCUAAAAUGAACUCUGUCCUCCGUGUUUUCCAGGCGUUAUGACAUAACAUACUUCAAAUCAAUAUUACAGAACAGAAUACUUAAUAGUAGGCAACGACCUAGUUGUACGUACACCUGUCUUUUAUGACCACACGUGACCAGUCGCGUAAGCUCAUCUGGCAAUGGCAAUUUAAAAAAAUAUUAAUAAGAACAUAUAUGAAUUAUAAACUUAAUUAAAUAUUAAAAUAUGAAUUAAAAUAAACAUACAUAUACUGCAAAGUACCUAAAAUAAGACGUGCAAAUCUAUGUAUAUUCACAUUCGGUCUGGAUGCAAAAGGCAAAAAUGUAAGAAAUUACAUCCAUGCUCGAUAGAUGGUGGUGUACAGAGUUUGUGACUUUACCGCUAGAUACGUAAGGAAGCAUGUUAAUUGACACCUCCAUGAUAAAGAUAAUACACAUAAAUACUUUACCGCAUAUUACAUGUCGAGAAAACAAACAAUUUGUAUUUAAUAAUUUGAUAUAGAUUAGUUAAUGUAUUUAUAAUUAUUCUCCAUUUUUAAACGUAUCAUGCUCAAUUAAAUUUCUUUACGAUCGAAACUCAA